UAUUAGUGUGUUGCUUUCACUAGCAAUUCUGACGCACAUUUCCAGUUUUGAAGUGAAUGGAUCGAAACAAUAUUAAUCUUACAUUGCCUCUAGUAAAUAUAAAAAUUAUUUUUCUGCAAGAGCAGUUAGACAAAAUUUUACAAAGACUUAUUCAGAACUAUGGGUUGCACUAACAUAUGUUUUGGCGCCACUUCCGAAUAGGAAUAAAAUAUUUUUCUCUGAUAAGUAAUUUAAAGCAUUUCAUAAAUUCGAAUAGUCUGUCGGAGAAGCAUUAAAUAAAAUGGACGACAUAUCCAAAUUGAAAAGGAAAAUUACAACUUCAUUUAAACUUAGUGGAUUUCUAAUACGAUCGGAAAAUAGUGCCUACUUAGCAGAGCAGCUUCUGCCGUUUGAUGAUACCGAACGUGAAAAGUGGCUUACGGUUAUCACAGAGAACUUGCAAGGCCAGCGGUUGCAGACAACCCAAGUGGAACGAAAUGCUCUUGAAAAAGCUAUAAACGAAAUCAAUAGAGUUGGUUUGGAUGAGGGUGAAAGAAUUUUCUCGGUAAUCGAUGCGUUCAAAGUGCCACGAUACCAUUACAAUCCUCAAAGCAAAAAAUUCGAGCUAAACAAAGAUUCCUGUUGUAUCCUGACACGCCCAACAAUGAAGGCAGGCCAUUUACGUGAACGUUAUGCGAUGUUAUUGCAAAAGACUUUGCGCCACGAGUUAUUUGCUCCAGCAAUAAUUCAAAGUGGAGUAUCUGCAGAAUCGCAAGUGAAGAAAUUUAAACUGCAAUAUGCAGAAAAUUUGCUUGCAACGUCAACAGUGAAAGAAGCGGUUGUGCUCGGAUUGUUGACACAAUUAAAAGAAGGAAAAUUUUAUAUAGAAGAUCCUACUGGCAGUAUUGAGUUGGAUUUAUGUGGAACUCGUUUUCAUUCUGGUUUUUUUUGUGAAGGUUGUUUUGUACUAGCAGAGGGCUCAUAUAAUAAUGGUGUGCUCAAAGUUGAUGGCUUAGGUUUUCCACCAGCGGAACCUGCUGCUAGCUCCCGCGCUUUUUUUGGAACACAGAAUAGUUGGGGUGGAGAAUCCCUAAAGUUGUUAAAGUAUUCUACACGAUUGCAUGAGUUGGAGAGUACCAAUACUGAAGCUACACUUGUUUUUCUCUCGGACGUACGACUGGACAACCCUGUGGUAUUAGACAGACUUCGUAUGUUGUUUGUCGGGUAUGAUUCCUGUCCGCCCAUAGCUAUAGUUCUAAUGGGGCCAUUUGCUGCUUCCAAUAGUAAUUAUCAUUCAUUGGCACAAAAUCUUACUGCGCUAGGCUCUUUGGCUGCUGGAUGUGAUCAGUUAAAAAAACAAACGGAUUUAAUUAUAGUUCCUUCAUGUGAAGAUCCCACAGCCCCGAAUAUUCUACCACGUGGUCCAAUACCUGAAUCCCUUGCAACAGGCUUGCGGAAAGUCUGGUCGCGCACAAUACUGGCAAGCAAUCCUUGCCGAUUGCAGUAUUGUACUCAACAAAUUGUUGUGUGUCGAUUGGAUUUAAUGGCGAAAUUUUGUCGGAAUACAUUGCAUUUUCCACCCGAUACUGAUAAUAUCGAGCAACAUUUUGCGCGCACUUUAAUAUGCCAAAAUCAUUUGACGCCUAUUCACCCUAUCGCCACUCCAGUGCAUUGGGACUACGAUUCAUCUCUAUGGUUAUAUCCUUUGCCCGAUUUGGUUGUUAUUGGUGAUUCUUGCCAAAGUUUUUCAACUACUCAACACGAUUGUACAGUGCUUAAUACGGGCUCUUUUGUAAAAUCUAAAUACGCUUUUAAAGUCUAUAUACCGGCAACACGCACCAUUGAGGACUCAGAAAUUCCUGAUGACAUGACAGCAGAAUAAUAAAGCUUUUGUUGUUUGUUUGUUGUUUUAAGUAGUGCAGUCUCUUGAAACAAAAUAUAUGUUUGAAAUAUAUAAUUAUAAUUUAUUUGUACUUCAUCAUUUUACACCUCUAUUAAAUACGUAAUUAUAAAA